AUGGAAACCUCUUCAACUAGUAAUCCAAAUACUUCGAAUUGUCCUCGUAUUGUGAUCGGUAUUAGUCGCGGUCAGGAAAAGCCCAAUGUUUCAUUGGUGACCGCUGAAGCGCGUGAAUUAGGCUACGAUUUUGUCAUUCUUCCUAUCACAUUUCCUAGUUAUAGGCGUUUUUUGUUUGAACAGCUUAUAGGCAGUGUUGAUGUAAAUGAAAAGAAAAUUAUGGAAGAAUGGAGGAAAGGUCAUCCAUUUUGCAGAGAAGAUUUAGUAGUGAAAAAUGCAGGCAA